GUUUCGGCCUGCGUAAUGUACGUAUGAGAAAAUAAGAGAAUAAACCUAUAUAUACUGUGGCUGAUUAAUUCUGAAUGCUAUUUUUAUUUCCUUAUAUUUUAUUGCUUCAAAUGUAACCAGUUUUUACUCAUGAGCAACUUUUCUCUAUAAAUGAGAGUCUCGCUCGGACGGUCUCAGUAGUGUUCGAUUCGACACCGUCGAUAUAAUUUCUUCCGUUAUCAGUUAGUGCGAGAACAAAAAUGAUGGCUCGACUAAUCGGUGUCUAUCUUGUGAUCAUCUUCGGAUUGAUGUGUAUCUAUGCAGAAGAGUUAUAUUCUGACAAAUAUGACGACAUCGACGUCAUCAGUAUCCUCAAAAAUGACAGAUUGCGGAAUCAGCAUCGUAAAUGCUAUUUAGGUGUAGCACCAUGUACAACGGCAGAUAUGAGGUUCUAUAAAGAUAUCCUCGGCGAAGCUAUCGUGACACAAUGCCGAAAAUGUACCGAGAAGCAAAAGCAAAAUUUGGAAAUAAUGACUGAGUGGUAUAUAACAAACAAACCAGAUGAAUGGAACAAAUUCGUGGCGAAAAUGAUAGAAAAUUUAAGAGAGAAAAAUAAAGGACAAUAAGAAACUACAAUAAUUAUAGAACAAUAAUGUUAAUCAAUUGUUAGAGAUGUUAAUCAGUAUUAACAGCACGUAAAACGUUUCAAUUGCGGAGAACUCUUCUAUGAUAUUUAGAGUAAAAAUAAAUGUAAAAAUAUAGUUUGGGAUUUUUUAAACUAACAUUUGUAUCUAUCGAUAUUGUAUUAUUAGAGCAAUUUAUAAGAAUACAAUAAUAUUCAGAAUUUGUUUACAUUGUGAUGGUGAAUUUUUCCAACAUAAAUUGCAUCGUAUUCGUCGUAUUCGCCAUACUUUUACUUUACAAACGGAUCACUUAAAAGCUUUCCUGAGGUGACGUUCUUCCUGUAGAAGUGAACUGGAAUAUUCGCGAAGCGUUGGAAAUAAAUUUUAAACUACAUUUGAUUAUAAACGCCGUAAAAGGCAUAUAUUAUCAUCUGAUGAAUAUUUCUUAUAAAAAGAAUUCAUAAGAUAAAAUCCUCAUUGCAAAUAAAGCAAACUCGUGUUUAUAUAA